GGUCCAGGGGCGGACUGACCAUUUGGAAACUCAGGCACUGCCCGAGGGCCCGGGGUCAGUAGGGGGCCCCAUGAGAUGCCCCUGGUACCUUUCAUAGGCUUUUUUGGUUUGGGCAAGGACACAGAGGCCCCAUGAUCCCCUAUUGCCCGGGGGCCCCAUGAGUUGUCAGUCCGCCCCUGCCCUGGUCAGAUGCUUUGCCCCCUGGGGGGGGUAGGAAUCAGGGGUGCAGGCAUUCAUUAUAUUGAAAGUAUCAAGUUUUUUCUUGCAACUGUACCUUUCAUAGGCUUUUUUGGGUGUGGUUUCAGUGUGGGCGAGGACACAGGGGCCCCAUGAUCCCUAUUACCUGGGGGACUCAU